UGUUCACAUAGUUUAAAUACAUUUUAUAAGUAUUAGGUUUACUAUUAUGUUCACUUAUUCACAGAAGAUUUAAUAUAUUUUAUAUUCAUGGUGAUCAAACAUGAAAAAUUCACAACAAAAUCACAUUUCACCUGAGGAACUUGAUAUGACACUCCACUCGAUGUCUACCAAACCAAAUUUAAAAGGAGACCGGUCGAACUUAUUUUUAUUGAUAUUACUGUAUAUAAUGCAAGGAAUUCCUUUUGGAUUUUCAAUUUCAGCUCUACCAAUAAUUCUGCAAAGCAAAAAAGUAGUAACUUACGGAGAACAGGCAUUAUUGAGUUACGUACUAUGGCCGUAUAGCCUGAAAUUAUUUUGGGCUCCGUUAGUGGAUGUUCAUUAUGUACAAUGGAUAGGCAAAAGGAAAUCUUGGCUCUUGCCAGUUCAAUACUUAAUGGGGAUUUUUUUACUCUAUGCGGCGAAUAAUAUCAAUGACUGGAUUCCUGAUACAGGUAAACCUAACAUCGUAAUACUAACGUAUGUGUUCUUCGUCCUUAAUCUGUUGGCUUCAACGCAGAACAUAGUUGUUGACAGUUGGGCACUGACGAUGCUGAAAAAAGCCAAUGUGGGUUAUUCGUCUGUGUGCAGCUCUUCGGGCUUUGCAAUUGGCGUUAUGUUAGGUUCAGUGGUUCCCGUUCUGCUUACAUCCGAGGACUUUUAUAACAAAUACUUACGAAUCACACCCGGCAUGGGAGGUAUUAUGACUCUCGAAAGAUUAUUAUUCAUUUGUGGCAUUUUAUUCAUACUAGUAGCAACUUUAAUUGGCAUAUUUAAAAAAGAAAAGGAUACUAGAUUGGAAUAUAAUAAUGCGCAGCUUCAAGUUACUAAUAGUUAUAAACUACUUUGGGACAUAAUAAAACUACCUAAUAUUCGUUUAUUAUUAAUAGCAUUACUAACAAUG